UAAACCCUACUCUUCUCCUUCGUCUCCUGGCCAGAGAAACCACAGAGACAGAGAGAGAGGAUGGGGGGGUCGCGUAGAAAGUACAAGAAGUUGAAGCCGAAGGUGCGGGUGGGCCUUCCGAAAAGAAAACCUAACGUGUUCAAGCCGGCAUUCUCUCUUCCUCCGAAGCUCAGCUCCUUGCUUCCGCAAGACCCCAAGUGGGACGACAAGGCCAGCGUCAUCCAUAACUACAAGUCUUUCGGUGUCCUUUCCAACCCUAACUUGCUCGGCGUCCGAUCCCGCACCUCUCACAUCAUCGAAAGCGACUCUCUCCAGGUCCCUCAGACGUCCGAUGGACCUGAAGCUGCCCCCACGGAGCUCGAUCCGAUCGAUUCCGGUAGCGACCUCGAGGAGGACGAUUUGAAAUCAGCGCUGGGAAAGCAGCGAAGGGAUGGGGAAUCCGCACCUCCGCAACCAUUGACAUCAAUGCAGCGUUUUCAUAUAGGUCGUCUGAUUGAGAAAUAUGGAGACGAUUACGAGAGGAUGUUCAUGGAUACAAAACUAAAUGCCAUGCAGCAUUCAAUUGCAACUCUGGAGAAACUUUGCAAAAGGUAUCACAUGCAUAAAGAUAGGAAUCCCUUGAUAGUUUCCAGUUGAGAAUGGCUUUGUUUGGUGCCGGGAUGCCUUUCGAUCCGGUGGAACUACAGUACUUUGUUUGGAAUCUCAAUUUGUUGUAUGCUAAUUUAUGCAAGUCCUAUUGUUACUUAAAAAUUAAAGGAACUUAGCUCAAGGGUAAAUGAUUAUCAGCCUCUCUGUUCACACCCUUGUGUGUGUGGAUGAUGAUGGGCCUUUCGGAUCCAUCCUCCGGUAGACUGUGUCUUAACUGCGAGGAAGUCCACUGGUCUUUGAACAUUUUGAUAUGAUAAAGUGGAAUAGCGGUAUCGCCUUUUGGAUGAGUGAAAUUAUAUCAGUCCAUGGGGGGGUUUGGAAUUCUCAGUGUAUCCUCUAUUUUGUAAUGCAAACAGUAGUGGGUUUGAUAAGGCUAGGAGCUGGUAAUAUCGCCUUUUUUUUUUUUAAUUAUAUUAUUAUUAUAUUUUUGUAAUAAAGGAGGUAGGGGGUUUUCGAAUUCAGGUGUUCCACCUAAAAUCUUUAUUCGCUCUGUAAUCCACCAUAUCAAUGAAUCAUCAUCACUGUUUUCUUUUGCGUGA